AUGGAUCGCCAGAAGAAAAGAGAGCUCCGCGAUCUGAACGAGAGGGCCUGGGAAGGCGAAACCGACGUAUUCCCUGUCAGCAAAUCCCUCGACUCAGCCCUCAAGAAAAACACGGCUUUCAUCAAGCGUCUGCGAACUGGAAUCAGUGCUUCCGCCCUGUCUACCUUCCUGUCCGAUAUCCGCACCCUCUCGCUCCACAAGUACCUAUCCGAGAUCAUCUCCGCCUGCUAUGAGGGGCUGUGCAAGCUCAAGUCGCCCGGGGAGAUUGCUGCCGGCGUGGAGAUUAUCUGCGCUUUGCACCAGCGCUUCGGCCCCGCGGAGUUUACUAGGCAGAUUGGAUGGCUUCUUGGCCGGGGCAUGAGCUCCAUGGACAAGGCCUCAUUGAAGGCUUUGCCACAGGAGAUGCGCGAGCGGGAGGAAAAGGAACGCUUGUCGCGACACCGGGUCCUUCUUCGCGUUGUCACCGAGCUGUGGCUCGUUGGUGCUCUUAGGACUUUGGAUGAUACGGAGCGGCCGGAGGAUGCGAGGAAGGAUGCUACCACGGGCAAGCUGCCUGACCUGGUUCCGAUGAGGGCGACAAAGUCCGCCGCUGCGCUGAAGGAAUUGGAGAAACAAGCUGAGCCGUUUCCUCUGGAAGUACUCAAGGAUUUACUGGGACAUGACCGCGACCAUACCAACUUGCCGCUUGCUGUCUUAUUCGUGAAGAGCUUUAGCUGGGAUAUUCUUGGGACAAAGCUUGUGGAAGAGGGCCGGAAGACUGUGGAAGCGGAUGGCGCGACGUCAAAGACAACCGUCACGGACCAGGAGAAUACAGAAGGCAACGCAGACGCUACAGUCGAGGCAGACCCGCCAUUGGUCCCGGAGAAGACUCAGCAGCGAUUCAGAAACAUCUUGACUCGCUACCUGGAUGACGUCAAGGCACAUGUGGUUCGUGAUCAGAAGGCGCUGGCAUCGCAGAGCCGUCGCAACGCCGAGGCCUAUGUGAAGAGCGGUGAGAUCUUCGAGGACCGCCAAUCGAAUUUCGAGAAGCAGUCGAAGACCCUAGAGAAGCUCGUGGCCAAUACGCAGGUUCUGUGCGAGGCUUUGGGUGCGGAGAUGCCUGAUCUGGUCGAGAAGGAGACCGCCGAUGCUGGAGGCAGCAGUGGCAUUGGCCUAGUGAAAACCACAGAUUAUCUACGUGGCCAAGGCGACGGUGCUGGUAUCUGGGAGGACGAAGAGGAGAGACGCUUCUACGAGAACUUGGUUGAUUUAAAGGGUAAAGUGCCCGCGGUGCUUCUUGAAGACGGCAAGAAAAAGAAAACCGAGGGUGAAGAAACUGGGAAGAAGAAGACCGAGGGGGACGAGACCGCCGCAGAGAAGCCCGAGCCGUCCGAGGAUAGAGCUGCAGCGGAUGCGGAUGAUCAGUCAAUGGCAAUUGCUAGCAAGACUGUCGGUGCCCAGGUAGAUGCUCUACUUGGUAAGCUCCCUGAACUGCAGACCAAGGACCAGGUCGACCAGUUUGCUCUUGAUUUCUGCUUCGUCAACUCGAAGGCCUCUCGGAACAGAUUGGUGAAAGCUGUCUCGGACAUCCCGAAAGGUCGAGUCGACCUUCUGCCUCUGUACUCGCGCUUGGUGGCUACCCUUGGACAGUAUCUGCCCGAUAUUCCACAAGGCUUGACCACGUAUCUUGAUGAAGAGUUCCGAAGCCUGCAACGCCGCAAAUCGAAGGAAUUCCUUGGCCAGGUCCGUAUGAGCAAUGUACGGUAUUUGGCCGAGUUGACCAAAUUCGGCGUGGUUCCUGAGCACAUCAUCUUCCAUUGCUUCAAAGUUUCGCUCGAUGACUUCUCCCGCAUGAAUAUAGAGAUUAUCGGUAACCUCUUGGAAAACUGUGGUCGCUAUUUGCUUCGCAACCCGGAGACAUCGCCCCGAAUGGCGUCCUUUUUGGAGACUUUGAGCCGGAAGAAGACUGUGCAGCACUUGGCUCAGCAAGAACGGAUGGUUAUUGAGAAUGCCAUCUACUACGUCGAUCCGCCUCCAAGACCUGCCAUCCAGCAGAAAGAGCGUACUCCCGUGGAACAGUACAUUCGACGACUGAUCUAUCUCGAUAUGAACAAGCGCAAUUACACCAAGAUUCUGAAGACUAUCCGCAAACUACACUGGGAGGAGCAGGAAAUCGUUGAUAUUCUGGAGCGUGUGUUCAGCAAGCCAGUCAAAGUCAAGUACGGCAGUAUUCAUCUUCUGGCUAUCCUCGUCAGUGCUCUGUACCGCUACCACCAGGGAUUCGUCAUCGGCAUUGUCGACAAUGUUCUGGAGCAGAUCACGCUGGGCCUGGAACUGAAUGACUUCAAGUUCAACCAGAAGCGGAUCGCCGAAGUCAAGUACCUGGGCGAGCUCUACAACUAUAAGAUGAUCGACUCGCCCGUCAUCUUCGACACGCUGUACCGCAUCGUCACAUUCGGUCACGAAGGCGGCACUCCCGUCCCUGGAAAGAUCAGUUCUUUGGACGCGCCGGAUGACUUUUUCCGACUUCGAUUGGCGUGCACGCUUCUCGACACGUGUGGUCACUGCUUUGAUCGAGGUUCUGCGAAGAAGAAGCUGGAUUUCUUCCUGACUUUCUUCCAAUAUUACCUGUUCACCAAGGAUCCGUUGCCUAUGGAUGUCGAUUUCCUGGUCCAGGACACGUACUCUAGUUUGCGGCCGCAGUGGAAGUUGGCUACGGACCCGGAAGAGGCUACUCGUAUUUUUAGCGAGGCAGUUGCACAGAAUUACAAUGUUCAGGACUCCGAGAGACCUGUUGAGCUUGACGAAGAGGAUGCGGAGAGCAGUUCGUCCGAUGAGGGUCUGGAGGACGACGUCAUUCCAGAGAUUGAAGAUGAGCAGGAAUCUAGCGAUGAAGCCGAGGCAUCCGGUCCGAACCCCGAAGCGAACGACGAAAGCGAUUUCGAGGACGAGCAUAUUGUCGUCACGCGCCAAGAAGAGGAGCGUGAUCCAGAAGUCGAGGCCGACUUCGAUCGUGAAUUUGAGAAAAUGAUGGCCGAGAGCAUGGACUCCAGGCGCUUUGAGCGUAAGGGGGUAUUCGAUAUCCCCCUGCCCAUGAAGCGAGUCCCUCGUGAGAAUCCUCCAACCGAGUCUUCGACUGAAUCGGCCACGCCGGAGCCAAUGCCCACCAAGACCGUGGCAUUCUCGCUGAUGACGAAGAAGGGCAAUAAGCAGCAGGUCAGAACCACUUUCCCCAGUGAUAGAUGUAAUACCAUGCUGAUGCUUCAGCAACAAGCUGAUCGGGAAGAACAGCAACGUAUCAAGAACUUGGUUCUGAAUUACGAGGCUGCGAACGAACCCGAGGCUGCAGAGAGUAAGUCUAUCCCCGUUCUGGGGGUCAAUUUUUGGAACAUGGAUACUGAUACUUUGAAUUUAGACUUUGAGAAGCGCAUCCCUGCGAAUCAGCGGGUGGAUAAAUCUGGCGCUAAUCGCUCGGCCUUCCGCUCUCGUAAGCUCCAGCUUAGCGACGUGAACUGGUAA